ACUUUCACCAUUACUAUCAUCACUCUCGAUAGGCAGUAGAGCGCCAUCCUACCACCUGCCAUAUUCAAAACCGCCCUCUUAUCGACUGCAUGCCUAUGCUGGUGCUCCCUCCUCUGCCGUAGCAAUAGGGUGCCAUUAUGGCGCGAAUAUCCUCCCUCAUCAGCGUUGCUGCUGCACUGCUGGUCGCCCGUUCUACCGCCGAUGAACUCUUCACUCCGAAGCACGAGGCAGGUCGAUGUGCGCUGCGUGGGCACUGUGGGAAGAAAGGCUUCUUCGGAAAGGCUCUGCCUUGCGUCGACAACGGUCUCGCCAAAACUCCCGAUGACGAUUUUGCUAAGGAAAUCGAGGAGCUAUGCGGCCCCAAAUGGAAGGACAGCAAGGUGUGCUGCGACUCUGAACAGCUCAACUCCCUGAAGAACGAGCUCUCCACCCCCAACCAGAUCAUCGGCAGUUGUCCAGCUUGUAAAGACAACUUCUACAACCUUUUUUGUACCUUCACAUGCUCGCCUGACCAGUCCCUUUUCGUCAACGUCACUCGAACCCAGAAGCUCAGUGGUGGUAUUGCUGUUGCCGAGAUUGACCAGCUCGUUACAAAAGAAUAUGGCGAAGGGUUCUACGAUAGUUGCAAGGAGGUCAAAUUCGGUCCAUCUAAUUCCAGAGCCAUGAAUUUCAUCGGUGGCGGUGCGACGAACUACACAGAACUCCUCAAAUUUCUCGGCAAAGAGCAGGCUCUCGGUUCACCUUUCCAGAUCAACUUCCCCCGGCAGUACUCUGAACCUAGCAUGGAUCCGCUAGAGAUGAAACCCAAGAAAUGCAAUGAUGAAGACCCUAAUUUCCGUUGUGCAUGUGUCGACUGUCCGGCCGUAUGCCCGGCGCUCCCUGCCGUUGAGGAGGCCGGUUCAUGCCGUGUGGGUGUACUUCCUUGCUUGACAUUCGCUUCCAUCUUCACGUACUCGAUACUUUUGUUUACGCUAGUAUGUGCCGUGAUCGGACAUGUCGCCUGGAGAAGGCGCGCACAGCGCCGUAGCGAACGGCUCCAUUUGCUGCAGGGGGCGGAACCAAGUGACGACGAGGACGAAGGCGAUCUGCUACGUGAAGAAGUUAAUUAUCAACGAAGCCCAAAGCAUUACCGACUCAACACAUGGUGUGAUGCUGCGUUCAGCAAGUUGGGUCACUUCUGCGCUAGAUUCCCCGCCAUUACAAUUGUGUCUAGUCUAAUUGUCGUUGUUGCCCUGAGUAUCGGUUGGAUUAAAUUUGACGUCGAAAGAGAGCCAGUACGCCUAUGGGUGAGUCCGGAUUCCUCAGCUGCCCAGGAGAAAGCCUUCUUCGACGACAACUUUGGCGCCUUCUAUCGUGCAGAAAAGGUAUUUUUAGUUAAUGAUACUACAACUUCGGGGACUCGCCCAGUCCUAAGUUAUGAUACGCUCACCUGGUGGGCUGAUGUCGAGAAAGACGUCAGACAGCUGAAAGGUUCAGAUUUUGGCACUUCGUUCCAGGAUGUUUGCUUCAAGCCUACCGGAUCUGCAUGCGUUGUUGAAUCCCCUACAGUUUGGUUUGAUGGCACCGAAAACUGGAAAUCCGCGUUCAGGCAAUGCGCUGCAUCCCCUGUUAUGUGCCGACCCGAUUUUGAUCAACCAAUUGAUCCCAACAUGAUCCUCGGUGGCUUUGAAGGGCUUGAUGAUAUUGCUGACGCCCCUGCAAUCACCGUCACUUGGGUUGUGAAUAACUUCCCGGAAGGAAGCUCGGAGCUUGCACACGCACAGGAUUGGGAAAGGGCCCUGAAGGAUCGGCUCUUGGUGGCCCAAGGCGAAGCGACCGCUCGUGGCUUGAGGCUUUCCUUUUCGACAGAGAUCAGUUUGGAGCAAGAGCUGAACAAGUCCACCAAUACUGAUGCUACUAUUGUCGUGAUAAGUUAUCUCGUCAUGUUCUUCUACGCCUCGAUUGCGCUGGGCUCGAGCGGCGUAACAAUUCGCGAAUUAAUGCGUAACCCAUCUAUCGGAUUUGUUCAAAGCAAGUUUACGCUCGGACUUGUUGGCAUCUUAAUUGUCCUGAUGUCAAUUACAUCAUCUAUUGGCCUGUUCUCUUGGGCUGGCGUAAAAGCUACCUUAAUCAUCGCGGAGGUCAUUCCCUUCAUUGUCCUAGCCGUUGGCGUGGAUAACAUAUUUCUGAUUGUUCACGAAUUUGAUCGUGUAAACCAAAGCUACCCAGAUGCAAUGGUUGAGGAAAGAAUUGCGAAAGCACUUGGUAGAAUGGGGCCCUCGAUCCUCUUUUCUGCUAUUACGGAGACGGUCUCAUUCGCACUGGGUGCCUUCGUUGGAAUGCCAGCAGUCCGAAACUUCGCCGUGUACGCUGCAGGUGCUGUAUUUAUCAAUGCCCUGCUACAGAUGACAUUAUUCAUAUCGAUUCUGUCCUAUAACCAGAUCCGGAUCGAAGACAACAGAGCCGAUUGCUUCCCUUGCAUUCAGGUCAUGAAUGCCCGCGUCCACCUCAGUAGUAAUGGGAAUAACGGCCCUCGCCCGUACGAUAUGCCAGAGGAGAGCUUACUCCAGCAGUUCAUCCGCAAACACUACGCCCCCGCUCUACUCGGGAAGAAGGUUAAGGUCGUUAUUGUUACGGUCUUCUUUGGUCUACUAGCCGCCGGGGUAGCGCUGAUUCCUUAUGUGAAGCUUGGUUUGGACCAACGCGUAGCUCUCCCCGAUGACUCAUAUCUCAUCGAUUACUUCAACGACAUGUACAAAUAUCUUGACGCCGGUCCUCCUGUUUACUUUGUAACGAAGGGCCUAAACACUACGGAGCGUUCACACCAACAAGACGUCUGUUCACGCUUUAGCACUUGCGAGCCGUUAUCUCUCGCGACAGUACUUGAGCAGGAGCGCAAGCGCCCAGAUGUAUCUUACAUUUCCUCCCCAACUGCGAGCUGGAUUGAUGAUUUCUUUUUGUGGCUAAAGCCUGAAAAUGAGGCUUGCUGCAAGGAAAAUGGUAAAGUCUGCUUUGCCCAGCGAGAUCCAGCUUGGAAUAUCACUCUCGACGGUAUGCCGGAAGGCGACGAGUUUGUGCAUUACUUGGAGAAAUUCUUGGUAGCACCGACUACGGAUGAAUGUCCUCUGGGUGGCCGGGCUUCUUACGGCAAAGCAGUAGUGGUGGAUUCAGCGAACAUUGACGUACCCGCCAGUCACUUCAGGACCACACACAAACCCCUGCGCAGUCAAGAUGACUUCAUCAAGGCCUAUGCCGCUGCGCGACGCAUCGCUAAUGGAGUCAGCGCAAACACUGGCGCAGAGGUUUUCCCUUAUAGUGUCUUCUACAUCUUCUUCGACCAGUACGCGAGCAUCGUGAAGUUAACCGGGGCAUUGCUGGGCUCAGCUGUCGGCAUCAUCUUUGCGGUUUCCACCGUUCUCUUGGGGUCCGUGGUCACGGCGCUUGUGGUGACUCUCACAGUCGUGAUGACGGUUGUUGACAUAAUCGGCGCCAUGGCUGUUUUCGAUGUGUCUCUCAAUGCCGUGUCUCUAGUCAACCUGAUCAUCUGUGUCGGCAUUGCCGUCGAGUUCUGCGCGCAUAUUGCCCGUGCUUUCAUGUUUCCCUCUGGCUCGGUUAUGGAGCGAGCCAAGAGCCGGUUCCGAGGGCGUGAUGCUCGUGCCUGGACUGCGCUUGUUAACGUCGGCGGCUCCGUCUUCAGCGGCAUCACGGUUACUAAGCUUCUCGGUGUGUGCGUGUUGGCUUUUACUCGCUCUAAGAUCUUUGAGAUCUAUUAUUUCCGGGUGUGGCUGGCGCUGGUCGUCUUUGCGGCGACACACGCGCUCAUCUUCCUCCCAGUGGCGUUGUCUCUAAUUGGGGGCGAUGGAUAUGCCGACCCUGAGCACGAGGGUGGAUUGGCAGAUGAUCUGGCGGCGCGCCGGCGUAGGGGUUUAGUGCCAGAUGACGUUAGUGACUCUGAGGACGAGUACGAUGACUGAAUAUGUACACUCGAUGUGAAAUUAAUUAUACACAUGGCGAUAAAAAUGGCACGUUAAAAUGGAUAUACAAAGUUAGCGUUAUGGUACAGCUUGGAGUAAACUUGGUUCUUGGAUAGAAAUUACAGCAUGU